CCACUUUCCAAAAACAGCAGCUUUCAGGCCGGGGGCCGAGGCUGGUGCCCGCAGAGCUGUGUCUGGCGGCCGCGGGGCCUUUAAGCCGAGUACAAAUUCCCACCGGCCUCGUCCUGCUCCUCCUGACGUCAGGAGGAGGCGUGUGAGUGAGUGAGGCACCGCAUGCUCGCACACACUCACACUCACACACUCAGCGGCGGGAAGCGGCUGCUGGAGAGACGGAGCCGGAGGCUGGAGCCGGCGCGCAGGGCCAGGCUGGGCCCUGCCCGCGAGGACGCCAGAGCCCCCCGCCCGCCGAGCCCGGGAGCCCUGCAGCAGCCUCUCCGCCAGACCCCGCCAUGACGUCGGAGCCCACCUCGCCCCCUGUCGUGCCCCCACUGCACUCCCCCAAGUCCCCCGUCUGGCCCACCUUCCCCUUCCACCGCGAGGGCAGCCGCGUCUGGGAGCGCGGCGGCAUCUCCGCCAGGGACCUGCCCAGCCCUCUGCCCACUAAGAGGACCAGGACGUAUUCGGCGACCGCCCGCGCCUCGGCCGGGCCGGUGUUCAGGGGCGUCUGUAAGCAGUUCUCACGCGCCCAGGGCCACGGCUUCAUCACGCCCGAGAACGGCUCCGAGGACAUCUUCGUGCACGUGUCCGACAUCGAGGGCGAGUAUGUGCCUGUGGAGGGGGACGAGGUGACCUACAAGAUGUGCCCGAUCCCGCCCAAGAACCAGAAGUUCCAGGCCGUGGAGGUGGUGCUCACACAGCUGGCCCCGCACACGCCACACGAGACCUGGUCGGGCCAGGUGGUGGGCUCCUAGGCCGGGGCGCCGGCCCCCCUCCCCGUCUGUCCGUGCUCGCGUGCCACCCUCUACCCCGUGACCUGUGACGGUCCCGUGAGCUGGGCCAGGGCGACCCCCUAUCCUGUCGUGCUGUCGUUACCCCCACCCAGCCCCCUUCCGCCAACCUGCUCACGAGUGAUGCCAAGCCCGGCGCCGGGGUCUGGGGGCACCCAAGGGUCCCGUCAGCCCCUCAAGCUUGCUCCCCUGCCUCAGCCCCCCGCACCGGCCCCAGCCUGGGGGCCACUCUGAGGGAGGUGCCUCCUCGCCCCGGAAGCACCCGAGUGGGGCCAGCAGGACAUCCUUGGGGGCCGUGGACUUCCCUCCCCGACCCCCCCUCGACCCCCCAGAGGCAGCCCGGGGCCCCCACCUGGCCACUGCUGUGCCCUCCCUGAGCCGUGCUGCCCCCUAGGAGACAAGGUGUAGUGCCCAAUGGGGGAAUGCUGCCACCAUCCCUUCACCUGCUCUGCCGCCCAGAGCCCAGGGCCAGCGACAGAUGGACACACGCCCCCCUCCCCCUACCCCCCACCUGGGCGGGGCUGCAGAGCUGUGUCCAUGGGGUCUGUGUGCACGUGUGCGUUUCUGUGUUUGCUUGCGGUGGGGGGGGGGCGGCCGGAAGGGGACACUCUAUCCCAGCCCUUUCCCGGGAGAAUGGGACACCUCAUCAGGAAGGAGGUGGGGGUCCAGGGAGGCUGGCCAGGGACAGUGGCCCUCAGAGCCCUCCUCUGAGUAGACCUGGGGUUCAGAUGUCCAGAUGAGGGUUGGCGAUUGGCCGAGGAAGCUGCCUGCAGAAGCUGAGCCCAGGGAACCCAAAAACACUGGCCAGCCGUGGGGACCCCCCACCCCCUGCAGACACAAGUUAGGUGGGGGCUGCGGGGACAGGGGAGGCAGAUGUCAGUUCUGCUCAGGCCCCAGAACCCUCCUGAGACCCCCUUCCCCAACUCCCCACCGCCCACACUGGCAAUAAACCCUCAACUGUGACUCA